GCUGUAACGCCACCAGUCCCAGAGAGAGGACCUGAGCCACCUCCAGCUGAGUGGGCCACUCUCCGGCGGCCACGCACCCGAACACCCCGCACUCCUCCCCGAUACCGGACUCCUCGAACUCCAUCCCGGUGUCUGGUCCUUCUGCCUGGUCCCGGUUCUCUCUCCGUUAACGGACGACCGUCUCUCUCCUCUCGUGCUGCUGCGUUGCCUGGAGAACUUCUCCCCUGCGCGUGCGUGCGUGCUCGUGCGCGCCGACUGUAUUGGACCGAGCACGUGCAGCCGAUGGACGCCGCAACGUGGCUCGUUACAAACUCGACCUGAGAAACUGACGCAGUCCCGCGAUACAAAACCCCGAUCCAACAAAUAACCCGAAAGUUUAACAGAGCUGCAGGCUGAUCCCGAGCACCGCCAUGGCCUCCACUGCAGAGCUGAAGACCGGUCAGAAGCUGAAUGAGGGUAAAACCAAGCAGAUCUUCGAGGUGCUGGAGCAGCCCGGACUGGUCCUGGUCCAGUCCAAGGACCAGAUCACCGCCGGGAACGCGGUGAGGAAAGACCAGAUGGAGGGCAAGGCUGCCAUCGCCAACAAAACCACGAGCUGCGUGUUCAAGCUGCUUCAGGAAUCCGGCAUCAAGACGGCCUUCAUUAAGCAGCACUCAGACACAGCGUUCAUUGCUGCACACUGUGAAAUGAUUCCCAUCGAGUGGGUGUGUCGGAGAGUUGCGACCGGAUCCUUCCUCAAGAGGAAUCCAGGAGUCAAAGAAGGCUACCGCUUCUCUCCGCUGAAGAUGGAAAUGUUCUUUAAGGACGAUGCCAACAAUGACCCUCAGUGGUCGGAGGAGCAGCUGCUGGAGGCCAAGUUCUGUCUGGCUGGGCUCACCAUCGGUCAGUGUGAGGUGGACAUCAUGAACCGCAGUACGGUGGCCAUCUUUGAGAUUCUGGAGAAAGCCUGGGCCACUCAGAACUGCACACUGGUGGAUAUGAAGAUCGAGUUCGGUGUGAAUGUGAAAACUCAAGAGGUUGUCCUGGCUGAUGUGAUCGACAAUGAUUCCUGGAGGCUGUGGCCGGCCGGAGACCGCAGCCAGCAAAAAGAUAAGCAGGUUUAUCGAGACCUUAAGGAAGUGACCCCUGAGGCCAUGCAGAUGGUGAAGAGGAACUUUGAGUGGGUCUCUGAAAGGGUCAAGCUGCUGCUGGAGCCCCAGGCCAGUGGCAGGGUGGUGGUUCUGAUGGGCUCCACCUCGGACUUAGCCCACUGUGAAAAAAUCAAGAAGGCCUGUUCCUCCUAUGGGAUCAUCUGCAUCCUCAGAGUCACCUCGGCACACAAAGGACCAGAUGAGACACUCCGCAUCAAAGCAGAAUAUGAAGGUGACGGUGUACCUACUGUGUUUGUGGCUGUGGCCGGCAGAAGUAACGGCCUCGGUCCAGUGAUGUCAGGAAACACGGCUUAUCCUGUCAUCAACUGCCCCCCUCUCACUCCUGAUUGGGGCGCACAGGACGUCUGGUCAUCCCUCCGUAUGCCAAGUGGACUCGGCUGCUCCACAAUCCUCUCUCCCGAGAGCGCUGCUCAGUUUGCGGCGCAGAUCUUCGGCCUGACCAAUCACGUGGUGUGGUGCAAACUGAGGGCCUCAAUGCUCAACACCUGGGUGUCUCUCAAGCUGGCUGACAAGAAGCUACAGGCCUGCAGCAUCUGAAGUGGCUAAAACCUCUUUGAGUCCUCUGUGCUAGUCCUCUGUCUGUUAAUGUCUGUUUAUGACCAACCCGCUAACAGUAGAUUGAAUCUACAUGUACUUUCUCACACACGCCUUUCAUUCCACUCUAAAUAGAAAUGAAUAAAAGCUUCGUAAUGAAA